AAGGGCCGUUUGGCGGGUGAUUGCGAGAUAACAUGGCAUCUUACUACAUAGCUACUCCGUACUGUCCGCGCUGGCUGCUAAUGUUCACGGCCUCGGUUCGUAUCUUAGCUAUGCUCAUGCUACUUCGUACACUAACUACUUCGUAUCUUCCCGCACAUGGCCUGGCGCACAUCCCCCAGCAUCGUGUCUCAGUCACCGCCCUUGCAGUUCUUACCUACCACACCCGCCCUCUGCCUUACGAUAGCGAUGCCACCGGAGAUGAGCGACUGGAGGCGAGAUGACUCGGAGAAGAUGACUUCUGGGGGCGCUGCGAACCUCUACGCGUCCUACAGGGUGGUGACAGCGGGAGGCCUCGCAGCGAUCAGCGCUCUCCUGAAGGACAGUUGCCAAAUUGUCUUCACAUCACCUAGCAAAAUCUCCUCUCCUUGCUGACGCUCUCCGCAUCCACUCCACCCGUUGAAAGCCCGGUGCAGCAU